AUGGGAACUUUAUUAGAAGCAAACGGACCAGCUGCAAAUAAUCCCGGCUCGAAGGACCAAAACAUAUUUGAAAAUCGCGCCAGUACUAAAAAGAUAAUAAGGGUCGUAACUGUAAUCGCAUACUUGUUUUCCGUAAGUUUUGUUGCUAUUGUACUGAGUGCGUACUAUGUAUUUCUUUGGCAACCGCCAAAUCCACGAUUGAUACAUCGCGCCCAUACCAUGGAUAAAAUUCACGCUGAAUAUUUGGCUGAUAAUUUACCCCAUGAGUAUCCGAUUAAUGACAAGAUUGAUAAUAUUCGCAAUAAAAAUAACAAAAAAAGUGUUGGGGAAAUAUUCAAUUCAAUGAACAAUUUACGAAGUCAUUUAUUUCGCUUUCAUACUGUCGAUAAAAAUGACAAUAAUAGAAAUAUUAAAAAUAAUAAUGAUGAUAAAUAUGCGAAAGCUAUAAAUAUAACUCGAUUGAGAAAUCCAAUGAUUGAAAAAAUAUACCAUGACAGUGACAAGGUCACGACUUAUGAUUUACCGAGUGUUUAUGCUAUCAAUAAACAUCUUGAUCUUUCAGAUGAUAAAGAAAGUACUGAUAAAUCAAUGCUGUUUACGAAAAUCGAAAAUAGUACGGAAGCGACUGGUUCAUUUACACCCGAGCUUAAGACGGAAAUUAAUAAAUAUGAACAAGAAAUUACUAAUUCGGAAAAUUAUACCCGGGAACAUGAUGAAAUAAUAGACAAUGAUCUUGUUAGUCAAGCAACUGAAGUUGAUAAAUUCAAUUAUCAAGCAACGGAAAAUUUGGAUCAAGAAUUACAAGAUGAUAAAACAACUUUAAAUGGAACAGAAUUUUUAAACAAAUUAAAGUCAAUGUACACGACGAGUUCCGAUCAAGAAAAUAUGAAAGAUUCAAUGAAAAUUGAAACAACUGUCGAAUUAUUGUCGACAACAGAUUCAUUUAUAUCAAUUGUACAAGAGGAAACAUCUAAAUCAUAUGAUGCUGAUAUUGACCAAAUAGUUUUACCCGAGCGAUAAAAAUAAUAUAUAUAUAUUCAUAUAUUUAUUUAUAAUUUU